UGAAUACACUUUGAUUUUACCUGGCCUAAAGGAAAAAAAUUGACAGAUCAAACAGUUAAGUUCAAAAGGAAAACAGCUGCCAUUUUGGAAGGAUGAAUAAUUUGUGAAGUUUAGCUGAAAUUUGUUUAUUCAAGUCACUUAUUUUGUGAUAAAAACGAUAAAAUUAAGAAAUUAAUCAAAUGAACCGUAUUGAAAUUGCGAACUUAAUCGACCUUAGCAUUGAGGAUGAAGAUAAACAAAUGCCGCCGUCGGCUCAAAUCAAUGCAUCGCCAAAUAGUCGAUCCAAUGACGACCAAUCAAUAUUGGAGUGCACAUUGCCAGAUUUUCUCAUAGUAGAAAAGCAGGAAGGUCGUGAAAGUCUUGAUAACAAUCCUUUUGAUUUGGCGCAGAAGUUAUCAACGCGCCCUGCGGAUCCUUUCGAUAUAGUUGAAAAAGAGGCUUGUGUAAAGGCACGUUAUUCUAUGCAGCCCCAAAAUGAAGUUAAAGAAGGAAAGCUUUUAUCCCUAAGCGAUGACAAUAUACUAGAUAACGCUGAUACAUGGCAUGCUAAGGAAUCAGCUACUUUGGAGAAAAGUGAUACCAAAUAUCACAGUGACAUAAAUGCCUCACACUGCAGUUUAUCAAUUUAUCAUUCUGCUUUAGUACACGAGUUAGAUAGUGAGAGUCCUCCAAUUUCCAUGUCCAUUAAAUCUACACCAGAUACCUGUAGCUCAGCGAUAGACACAGACAGUUCCGCAAAUAGUGCUGAUGGCUAUUCAGCAAAAAUACGAAAAGCUAUAGAAAAUCGCAAACGUCUUCUGAAACUAAGCAUUGCAAAUUCAACGUUCAAUUCACCAUUAAGCUGUCGAUCACGACAGACAGAUAGUGGAUUUUCUACUGUAUUUUCGGCUGCUGCUCAGUUUAGCGAUUAUAUUCUAGCUACGGAGUCGCCUUUGAAAUUAGUGGAUGACGAUCUUAUGACGGAAGGACCACCUAAAUUAUCAGACGCCGAAAAUGAUUUCGAAGCCGACCUAGAAAUGCUGAGCAUACCCAUGCUGAGAAAAUUGCCCUCACCAGUUCCUGAAGAGACUUCGUUAUUGACAAAAGAAGCAGAAGAUGCAAUGCCAGUGCCGCAAAAUGUGACACCUCCCGAUUUAUCGGCGAUAAGGGAAAAAUUACGGGCAAAGCGAAUGCAGGCUUGUAAGGGUCAAGAUGUUGUAGCAUUAAUAGAUAAUUUGAAAUCUUUGUUAUGCGAGAAUGAAAUUGUGGAUGACAAUAAAAAGGAGCAAGCGAACUGUUUAUUAAAAAAAUUGAGCUCUGCUUUAAAUACUGAUAAAAUUGAGGAUAAUAAUAACGAUAGUCAAAAGAAAAACUCCGAUGAUAGUGAACCAUCAAUACAAGGGCCUCAAACCAUUGUGCGGCAAGGAACUUUUGAUUUGGAAUUACAGUUGAAAGCAAGUAAUGGUUGUGAUAAAAAUAGUGUAAAUUCGGUGUCUACUGGAAACAACUCUCAAAUGACACAUUCCAUACAGUCUACACAAUCUUUGUCACCCACAAAAGAUAUACCAGAAGUGAUGCUAAAAUCCUCUGGUACAUAUGAUGGUGAACCCAUAUCAGAAAGGGAGAAUCUACUAUUACCGCAUGUGGAGUCUUUUUCACCAAUAACCUCUCCUAAUUUAAAGCCAACCAUGCAAAAUACUGCCGCAACAAAUCCUGAUGUGAAUGAUAUCAUCGAACAAAUUGGUAAACUGCUAGAACAACACCAAAUCGCGACCCAAGCUUCCAAUAUUGAUACCACGAAAGGCAACAAUUCGUCAGGAAACAAUCCAUUACAACAAUCGGCAAUGUGUAACCCAACAUUUAUUGUUGUCAUGCCAACAAACUCUGUACAACCAACUAAUGGUCAAGAUAUUAACAACGUCAAUUGUAAUGAUGUAUUGGACGAUAUGGAUAGUAAUAUUGUUCCUCGACGUCGUGCACAAUCGUUAUCAAUACAUGAUAAAGUUAAAAUUGUUCAAUUGCCACUACGCUCCCAAGUAGCCCCAUAUAUUACGGAAGAAGCACCAUCUCCUGUUAUUGAAGGUGCUCCUCAAAUAAAUAACACCGCAGUGGAAAUGAAGACACCAAUACGUUCUACUCUACGGCGGAAUUCAUUUUCCAGUGGCACACCACAUACGCCUCUCAGCUCACUAAAUCACGGAACGGCAAAUUCUCGACGUUUACAAAGCACUUCAACUAUCCAGUCACGCUAUUCCCUUGGUCCUUCUAAACUACAAGAGCAUGAAUCACAACAACAAGCCGUUAUGCAUACUAUUACACGAUCCAAUUUGAAUGUUUUCAAACCUGAUUUAAAGAAAAGGACCAAAACUCAGACGACGAAAACUUCGGUGAUGGCAUCAAAUGGUCCGCUCAAAGCGGUAAUACCCAUUAAAAAAGUAGCACCCAUGCUAACAACCACAAUCACAACACCAGAAGGGCCUGAUGUAAAUUCACUGCUACCUCCGCAAACCGCUAACAUGGAAACAUCAAUGAAUUUACUCACCACAACGGGCAAACUAUCGCAUACAAGCACACCAAUGCCACCAACCCGUUGUGGUGAACAAUUAUCAGGGUUUCCAAACGCAUGUUCCACGCCGGCAAUUACAAGCGUUGCUAAAAGACCCAAUGGCACGAUAACUAAGAAAAAUCCUCGUUUUUCACUUUCUACACCAUCCAAAUUACAGCAGCCACUUGCAAAUACUAGCGGAAUUAAGAAACGCGCUUUACCUGAGUUGGCCAAGCCCAAGUCACCGGUGCGCCCGCGAAAUAGUAUGAGCGGGAUAUCUGUACCAGCAGUGAGAGGUAGACAGUCGUUGGCGAAACAACAGAUCGUUACAAAACAGACAACAUCGCGAUUGAGCACGCGAUUAAGCACACGUUCAUCAAUCUGUGCAGGAUCUGCUUCUACCAAUAAGGAAAAUAAAAAGCCUUAAAUAUUCAAACACUUACGUUUUCUGUUUGCACGUGUUUUUUA